AAUUAUGUAAUAUAAUCUUUGGUAAUAAGUUACCCAUUCUGUAACAAAAUUACUUCAACAUUUGCGAUAAAAUUAAAAAAUAAACUCUUUAGUAUGACUCAUUCCUUUACUCAAGUAUAUGCUCAAUCAAUAUGUCUAUAUAAUAAACAUAGGUCUGCUUCAUCAUCAAUAAAACUGAAACUCUUCUGUCUCUCUCUCUCUCUCAUCUCUGCGCAAAUAUCUCUUUCUUGAUUUCAAAGUAAAUCUUCUUCAAAUUUCAUGUGAAUCUUCCUAGAUAAUAGCAAACUUAAGAGAACAUUUAAGUAUGAGUUGUAAUGCUUGUCGCGUUCUUCGAAAAGGUUGCAGCGAGAGUUGCAUCCUCCGUCCUUGUAUCCAAUGGAUCGAAUCCGCCGAAUCUCAAGGCCACGCCACUGUCUUCGUCGCUAAAUUCUUCGGCCGUGCCGGUUUAAUGUCAUUUAUUUCCUCCGUACCGGAAUCUCAAUCCCCUGCUUUGUUCCAGUCUUUACUUUACGAAGCUUGCGGAAGAACUGUGAAUCCGGUGAACGGCGCCGUGGGGUUGUUGUGGACGGGGAACUGGAAUCUCUGUCAAGCGGCGGUUGAGACGGUUCUUCGCGGCGGUUCCUUAAAACCGAUCCCGGAGCUUUUUGCAAGUCACAGCGGAUUCGGUGGCUUUCCGUCUCCAACUUCCGACGAAGCAUCGGAGAUCUGCACGGAGAUGUUGAAUGACUCCGGUGACCGGGACAUCUACCACCACUGCCGCUUCUCGAGCUCAAGAUCAAGAACUACAGCUUCUGCGCCUAAAAGGAAACGGUUACAGUCGUCGGAGCUAGAUCUCUCUCUGCUCUCUACUUUUCCGAUCAAAACGACACCGCUCAAGGAAGAAACGCUUCGACCGGAAACACCGUCUAUGUACUCAGGGGAAUCCGUUACGACGACGCCGUUUAUGGACAACAUGGCCGGUGAAAGGUUCGUACGCGGAGGAGGAGAAACAACAAAGUUGCUCAACCUUUUCGUAUGAACGGCCUUCUCUUUAACCUUCUUUUGCCCUUAAUAUUUUGGUAAAAUGUGGCACCACCGGCAAAUUAAAUGAUUUUGUUCUUUAGUUACGAGAAAUUAACCAAAGUAAUUAAUUAUUUAGAGAAUAAUGAUGGUGUACUAUUUUCUUCAUAAUCAUUAUUAAGUUCAGUUUAUAAGAACGAAGAUAAUAUCUAAGGAUGAAGUCAACAUAUACAUAAUGC